GAGAGCCACUGAACAGCCGGCCAGUGUCCGCACUGGGAGAUAUCUUAGCAGGUGCACUUUCUUACUUUGUGCCAUCAUCAGUGCGACAGUGUCUGGAGGGAUCUCUAUUGGGAGGGGUUUUGUGACAUGUGCUUCAAGCUGGGGGAAUAGGGGCGCCAUGCGCCCACAAGAUCAAUGCACGAAAAGCGUGCCAUAUGCAGUCACGGUCCUUUGUGUGUGAGGCGGUUUCUGCAGACAAGGCCCAGGGGCGGCGUGGCUCCGUGUGUGGACGCUAUCCUAGUGACUGGUUCUUUUUGUACGGCCCGACGCAAGCACUGCUGGCUAUCUGAAGAAAGUGCAGCGAGACCGGGAUGUCGGGUCUUUGGAGCGUCCGCAUUCUGCAGUGCUGCAGCCAAUUCGUCGGGGCCGGAGCGAAACUUCGCGCCCGCGGGUUUUGUCUUGCCGGGCUUUGGAGCACUCGGAGCAGGCGUUCCUAUGUGCCGUACGGCCUAGUUGGGUGCUAAUAUCCCGAGCCAUUAUCAAUAUUCCAUAAGGCUCAACCCGCCAGCCAAUUCUUGAAGCCGCCCCGAUUCCGUGGCAGCUCUUG